CAUCAUGCAGCGCGCCCGCCUGCCCCCACCGAGUCGCCAUGUUGUCGGAGUGAAAGCUAGGGAGUCGGAGAGUUCUGGGGCUGAAAUCCGUUACCAUCCACCCACUCCGCCUGUGCUGGUGGAAUGAGCGUAGCGUGCGUGUUGAAGAGAAAAGCAGUACUCUGGCAGGACUCCUUCAGCCCCCACCUCAGACAGCCCCCCCUUGAGACUGCACCUCCCAGCAUGCCUGUGGUGCUCACGACUGGACCAGGAACCGCUGCAGCGGGCCAGCCCCCUCAGGCCCCACCCCCUAGCCAAGCCCUGCCCCCUGGCCAGGCCACUCCUGGGGGGCGUUCCCAGGAUGAUGCCAUGGUCGAUUACUUCUUCCAGCGGCAGCAUGGAGAGCAGCCGGUCGUGGGCUACAAUAAUGGCAAGCACCGCUGGCCAACCGGAGACAGUAUCCACGGUGAUACCCAGGUGCGAUCUAUGGAUGAGCUGAACCACGACUUUCAGGCCCUGGCACUGGAAGGUCGGGCCAUGGGAGAGCAGUUCCUGCCAGGAAAGAAGUUCUGGCCAGAGGACCCAAGUAAGGACGGACCAAAGGGGAUUUUCCUUGACCAGUGGCGGGACAGCGCCUGGGGAACCUCUGACCACUCAGUGUCGCAACCCAUCAUGGUGCAGCGGAGGCCUGGCCAGAGUUUCCAUGGCGGCGGCGGCGGUGAGGUGGGCUCCGUGCUGUCGCCGCGCUCCGAGAGCGGGGGUCUCGGCGUCAGCAUGGUAGAAUACGUGCUCAGUUCCUCCCCCGCGGACAAGAUGGAGCCCUGCUUGAGCAAGAGAGCCUUUGGACCCCGUGACCCUGAGGUGGAUGAUGGUGACAAGCGCGAGAAGAAGAGCAAGGCGGCCUUCGACCCGGACAAGCUGAAGGAGCUGAAGGAGGUGGAGGGAGAUGGACUGGAGAGCGCCGGCAGCCUGCCCAUGCAGAAUGGCAUCGACGUUGACGUCAAGGAGCCCUUCAGCCGCACCCCAGGGAACUGCCCCCCUCCUGGAGCAGAGGUGGACCUGCUGGGCACCGGCCAAGGUCCCGUGGAGGGCCUCUCCCAGUUGACAGGCAGCGGCGGGCCCAAGCCUGUGGAGGACUUCUCCGGUGUGGAGUCUCAAGGUGUCCCCAUGGACCCCAUGGAGUCCGUGGGCAUGGAACCGCUGCAGUUUGAGUACCCGAGUAGUCAGAUGCCCAUCGACUCCUCCGGCGCCACCGUGGGGCUGUUUGAGUACAAUUCCCAACAGCAGCUGUUCCAGAGACCAAACGCGCUGGCCGUGCAGCAGCAGCAGUAUGCCCUGGCUGCCGCCCAGCAGCCCCACAUCGGUCUUGCGCCAGCUGCCUUCGUGCCGAAUCCUUACAUCAUCAGUGCUGCCCCGCCUGGCACUGACCCCUAUACUGCAGGCCUGGCAGCAGCUGCCACCCUAGGUCCAGCCGUGAUGCCCCACCAGUACUACGGCGUGACUCCCUGGGGCGUUUACCCUGCCAACCUCUUCCAGCAGCAGGCAGCGGCGGCGGCUGCAGCCUCCAGCUCGGCCAAUCAGCAGGCAGCCAGCCAGUCCCAGCAGAACCAGCAGCAGGUGAUGCGUGCAGGGGGGAACCAGCGCCCCCUCACCCCCAACCAGAGCCAGCAGGGCCAGCAGACGGACCAGCUUGUCGCCGCGGCCGCCGUGAACUCCGCCCUGGCUUUCGGACAGGGCCUGGCUGCAGGUGUGCCUGGUUACCCAGUCCUGGCCCCUGCCGCCUACUAUGACCAAACUGGUGCACUGGUAGUAAGCACUGGGACCCGGAGCGGCCCAGUUCGCCUCAUGGCCCCUGCCUCCGUCAUCAUCAGCCCCACGGCCGCCCAAGCAGUGGCAGCAGCAGCAGCCUCUGCCAACGGUGCCAGCGGGGGCCUUCCUGGUGGGGCCGGGGGUCCCUUCCGGGCCCUGGGCUCCCAGCAGCCAACGGCUCAGCAGCCUGGCAGUGGCCUUCCCUCCAGCUCUUUCUACGGCUCUGGCUCCCUGAACUCGGGCUCCCAGGGCAGCUCGCUCUUCUCCCAGGGCUCCGCCGGCCCCCCCGGGGGCACCUCGCUGGGCUUCGGCACCAACGGCGGCCCUGGGGGCCCCGGUGCUGGCGGCGGGGGGUCCUCCUCGCUGGGCGCCACGCUUGGUGCCACGCUGGGCGGAUUCGGCACUGCAGGUGCGUUCCCCACCCCCCCGCAGGCGGCCGGCCAGCGCAGAGUGGCCAGUUCCAGCGCAGGUGGCGGCUCGCGGCGUGACUCCCUGACCAGCAGCACGGACCUGUACAAGCGCCCCCCCAGCAGCCUGGCCCCUAUCGGCCACGGCUUCUAUAAUGGCCUGGGCUUCUCCUCCUCGCCCGGACCCGUGGGCAUGCCUCUGCCCAACCAAGGCCCUGCCCACUCACUGACACCUCCCCCUUCGCUGUCCACCCAUGGCUCCUCCUCCAGCCUCAACCUCGGAGGCCUGACCAAUGGCAGCGGGCGGUACAUCUCGGCGGCGCCGGGGGCGGAGGCCAAGUACCGGAACACCAGCAGCGGUUCCAGCCUCUUCAGUCCCAGCAGCCAGCUCUUCCCGUCGUCACGGCUACGCUACGGCAUGUCCGACGUGAUGCCGUCCGGCCGCAGCCGGCUGCUGGAGGACUUCCGCAACAACCGCUACCCCAACCUGCAGCUGCGGGAGAUUGCCGGCCACAUCAUGGAGUUCUCCCAGGAUCAGCACGGCUCCAGGUUCAUCCAGCUGAAGCUAGAGCGGGCCACACCGGCAGAAAGGCAGCUGGUCUUCAGUGAGAUCCUGCAAGCCGCUUACCAGCUCAUGGUUGACGUCUUCGGCAACUACGUCAUCCAGAAGUUCUUUGAGUUUGGCAGCCUGGACCAGAAGUUGGCGCUGGCCGAGCGCAUCCGGGGCCACGUGCUGUCGCUGGCGCUGCAGAUGUACGGCUGCCGGGUCAUCCAGAAGGCGCUGGAGUUCAUCCCGUCUGAGCAGCAAGUCAUCAGCGAGAUGGUGCGCGAGCUGGACGGACAUGUGCUGAAGUGCGUCAAGGACCAGAAUGGGAACCACGUAGUGCAGAAGUGCAUUGAAUGCGUGCAGCCGCAUGCCUUGCAGUUCAUCAUUGAUGCCUUCAAGGGCCAGGUGUUUGCCCUCUCCACCCACCCAUACGGCUGCCGGGUGAUUCAGCGCAUCUUGGAGCACUGUCUCCCCGAGCAGACGCUGUCCAUCUUGGAGGAGCUGCAUGCGCACACGGAGCAGCUGGUGCAGGACCAGUACGGCAACUACGUCAUCCAGCACGUGCUGGAGCAUGGACGCACCGAGGACAAGAGCAAGAUCGUGGCCGAGAUCCGUGGCAACGUGCUGGCGCUCAGUCAACACAAGUUUGCCAGUAACGUGGUGGAGAAGUGUGUAACCCACGCUUCGCGGACAGAGCGCGCCCUGCUGGUGGACGAGGUGUGCAGCGUGAGCGAUGGCCCCCACAGUGCCUUAUACACCAUGAUGAAGGACCAGUACGCUAACUAUGUGGUGCAGAAGAUGAUCGACGUGGCCGAGCCCACACAGCGCAAGAUCGUCAUGCACAAGAUCCGGCCCCACAUCGGCACUUUGAGGAAGUACACCUAUGGCAAGCACAUCCUGGCCAAGCUGGAGAAGUACUACAUGAAGAACGGAGUGGACCUGGGCUCCAUCUGUGGCCCCCCCAACGGCAUCAUGUAAUGCCCCCCCCCGUCUUUAUUGGGGCCGCCUGCCGGUCACCUCUUCCUGUCCGCUUAGGUGACUCCCUGUCAGCUCGCUCCUUUUACGAAACGCCUCGUAACUCUAGUCGAUCAUCUGUACUGCUUUUUUUAAUUAAAAAAAUGUGUGAUGUUCAUCUUCUGGGUGUAUAGAAUAGAUGUACAUAGAUAUAAGGCCUAACGGUGGCAUGCUCAGUUUCCUUGUUGUUGCGUUUCCGCGCUUAGGGGGUAACUUCUUGGAUUUUUGGACAUCUUGAAUUUUUUUUUUCCUUUUUUUUUUUUUUCUUUUUCUACUGCCGUGACAGAAGAAUAUUUUAAGUUUAAAAAGACCUAAUUUUCAUCUGAAUUAUCGUCCAUAAUCACGAGAACAGCUAAAAUGCUAAGCUUUUGGCCGUUUUUCUUUUUUGGUAACAUAAAGCAGACAUUUUUGAUUAUUUAGCAUGGGAGAACUUUCUGGUCUUGCUUAUAUAAUUAUAUAGUGUAUACUUGGUGUAGACUUUUGCAUAUAUAUAAAUAUAUAUAUAUAAAACUUUGUAGUUUUCUGGUUUUUGAUGUUCAAUCUGUAUCUAUAAUGUAUCCUAGUAGUGAACACAUAUACUUCUGAUUGUAUAAUUGUACAUUUGUAAACCACCUGUAAUGUAAAUGUGGAAAACUUGGAAUUGCUUACACAACCCUUUUCGUAUGAAGAAAAAGACAAAAAAAAUAAUAGAAACCUCUGCAUUUCAGUGUAUAUUCACCCUUUUUUUGGUUGUGGCAUAGUUGUUGUAUAUUGUAAAUUGUAAUAUCAAGUUUUGUUUUGAAAAACCCUUUCUAUACAGCGUUAUCACUUGUACAAAGAACAGAAAUGCUCCAUGGUUUUAACGUGUCACUACUUAAUUUUGAACUAAACGCCCACAAUUUACCCACGUUAGAAGAACGUUACGUAGUGACCAUUUUCUUUUCCUUUUUUUUUAAGAUUUUUAAAGUGAUGGUUUUUCCAUUUCUUGGGGUUUAAAGAGGUUGUGUGAUGCAGACAAGAUAGCUUUGGUUCCACUGUAACCCACAUUAGGGGCUCAACCCAUGUUUUGUACAAAGACCAGUAUCUGCAUUCUCGUGUCUCCUGUAAGUGAUUGUAACAUACUGUCUUUUUUCCCUUGAUGAAAUACAGAUUUGGAACACUAUGCGGUGUACAUUUCCGAAAGCCUUGUGUAUAUUUCCAAUGAACUUUUUGCCAGCACACUUGUAACCAUAUGUGUAUAGUAAACAAAAUCCUGUGUUUGCUUAUUUGCCUGGGCAACUAUUUUUUGUAACUCUUGUUGUAGAUUGUCUCUAAACGAUGUGUGAUCUUUAUUUUGAAAGAAACAAUCUCUUAAAAUUUGA